AUGCCAUGCAAAUACUACGCAAUAUACGAAGGCCGCGUCGACAAACCCACCAUCUACUCUUCUUGGGCCCAAGUCCACCCCCGCGUACGAGAAUGCGAAAACGACCACAAGGAAUUCAAAACGCAGCGAGAAGCCGUCGAGUGGAUAAAAGCGAAAGGUGUGCCGGAAUAUGAAAUAGAGACUAUUUUCAGGGAUGAAUCCAAGAAUUUGGAGCGGCCAGUCAGGGGGAUCUAUUAUUAUGCUGUUGCGCAUGGGAGGACUACGGGGGUUUUGAGGGAUUGGAAAACGACGGAAGCAGCGAUUACCAAAUUCCCCUCCGCCUGUUACCAGAGAUUUAACACCGAGCACGAAGCGAAACGUUUUAUCGACGAGUGGAAAGAUGCGUAUGCGGAUGUAUGGCGACAAACAAUUAGACGGGGAUUGGAUGAAGGAUGGAAGCCGGAGGAUUUGAAGGUGGAUAUUGGGAGGAUUUUGGAUAGAGUUAAUGAUAGGAGAGUCAAGCAUGAGGAUAAAGAGAGUAUUUGUUCGCGGCUUGAGGAUUUGGAGUUGGAUAGGAGAAGGAGGGAUUCGGGGGUGAAGAGUAGAUCUUUGGUCUAG